AUGAGGUUAUUUCCGGGAUAGUUGGAUUGAGUUUCGUUGGCCUGACAUAAACUAUCUAGCUCGAUAUUUGCCUUAUUUUUUUUCCAACUUGAGACGAAAUGAAUCGAAUUUUUGGUCGAGGAAAACCGAAGGGGCCACCCCCAAACUUAUCAGAUUGCAUAGGAGGUGUGGAUUCACGGGCUGAAUCCAUUGACAAGAAGAUAAGCCGGUUGGAUGUGGAGCUGGUGAAAUAUAAGGACCAGAUGAAGAAGAUGCGAGAUGGGCCCUCGAAGAACAUGGUGAAGCAGAAAGCAAUGCGAGUCCUGAAGCAGAAGAGAAUGUAUGAGGGGCAGAGAGAUCAGUUGAUGCAACAGUCCUUCAACAUGGAGCAGGCCAACUACACCAUCCAGACCCUGAAGGACACUAAAACCACGGUGGAUGCAAUGAAGGUCGCAUCCAAAGAAAUGAAAAAGGCAUACAAGACUGUGAAGAUUGAUCAAAUUGAGGAGCUGCAGGAUAACCUGGAGGACAUGAUGGAAGAUGCCAGUGAGGUGCAGGACGCCCUGAGCCGCAGCUAUGGCACACCCGACAUUGAUGAAGACGACCUUGAGGCUGAACUGGAUGCGCUGGGUGAUGAACUGCUCUUCGACGAGGACUCCUCUUACCUGGACGAGGCCUCCACUGCUCCAUCCAUACCCGACGGGAUGCCGGAAGACAAGUCUACCAACAGGGAUGGUGUGUUGGUGGAUGAGUUUGGCCUGCCUCAGAUUCCUGCCACAUAAAGCCUACGUGCACAAGGAAGCAAUCUUAUUUUAUAUGAAAAUCAUGUUUAUAUUAAACUGAAGCCUAUAAAAACACAGCCAAUCUGCCUGAAAGAGAAAGGGGAUAUUAAGAACCCUCCAUUUGUCUUAUGCUCAUUCAGAGACUAACCUGUUACGGCUAUCAAUGUCAGGAAUGUAUCUACUGCAAUCAAAACUUUUAUGUUAACUUCUUUCUAUCGAUUUUACUUCUGCUUAGGGGGCGUCAGGCAAAACAUUGUUUCUGUAGUUUUUGCAGGAAUCUUGGUGUAUGGUUGACUGACUUUGUACUGCAACAAUGUUGCCAAGUGACAUAUAAUAAAUUAUUCUAUAUUUCA